AUGACAGCGUUUGCAGGUUUGCUGCGAUCCCGAGUUACCAGGCAUGCUAAAAUCUGGGGCUGGCGCGAUGACGUCAAGAAGAUGUCCGAGAACUGGGAAGAAGGACAACAGGAGAGAGAGCCCUACAGAAAUUACAUCUAUGGUCAGCGCGGUUUCAAAGAAUGCGAGAUCGAUCCAAGGACCCGGCAACAGGCUCCAGCACGCAUGGCUCUGGGCCGUGUCACGGAGGCCCUUGCCGCUUUCGAGACCCAGGACUUCUUCAGAGCUGAGUUCGCCGAACUCAAGCCAUCUGACAUCACGGAGGUCGGCACCUACACCAUAAAGGCUGACUCAGGUGAGACUGUGUGUCCUGGAGAGGUCCCUGAGUACGUGCCGAUCAAGCGCGGAAAACGCUUGGAGAAGGAGCCAGGCUUCAAGAGGCCACCCACAGACGACAAGGGUUACAUCCAGUACAUCGAUGAGAAAUGUGAUCUCUACGAGGCAGCGAAGCAGGUUUCAUCAAAGCAGCAGUUCUCCCUGGACAAAGACAUCAUUUGUGACCGCUCUUCCCUGGUGACUCUUCUGGAGUACGUCAGUGAAAACUUAACGGGCUUCUUGAUGCCCAAGGGACAGCACAACAACCCGGUCGAUCUCGUGAAGAUCUCCAAAGCUGCGGAUGGCAAGGCUCUCGUUAUGGAGCAUCUGCUGGAUGUGAAACGAAUGAAGUGUUUCCCUUACCGGGGUGCAUGGAAGCGCUCCGAGGUCUCCAACCAUGGAACUUACACACCUGCCUUCCGACGCUUGGCCUACGGAGACUGCAAAACCAAGAACUUGAUGAUCACGGGACUCCCGCAGAUUGCUGGCAGCAGCGCAGGUGAACUGGACACAUCCUAUCGUUUCGUCGAAUUUGAAACCAACGGUGUCAGCUUUCUGGUGAAGGCUCCAGCCGAUGCGCAGAAGGAUGGCAAAAACCUGGAGCUCGCCCAUAAGAACUGGUACUACCAGAACGAGGCAGGGAUGAAUCGUUUGAGCUGGCUCCGUUGA